AUGUCGUGCUUCACGCAGCUGUGGCACUCCAACACGCCAGAUUCUCCCACCAGCCCGGUCCCUGCAUCUCCGAGUGAAAUCCCCAUCCCCAUCAGCCCCAUUGUCGUCACCUCCCCGGGAGAUGGCAAGAGGAAGGCAAGGUCCCCAACUGACAAGCCAGGCUCUCCGAACCCGACGUCUCCGAAGCCAGCCUCCCCUAUUGAGUGUUCCAUUUGCUUCAACACCUAUGACAACACCUUCAAGACGCCCAAGCUGCUCCAGUGCUCCCAUGUUUUCUGCCUGGAGUGUGUGGCCCGCCUGAGCAAAGGGCUGCCCCCAAACCAACCAGAGGACCAGCUCCCCUGCCCCUUCUGCAGGCAGCUGACCAGUAUCCCUCUGGAAGGUGCCCCAGCACUCCAGACCAGCAAGGAGCUCCUUGCCACGCUGCCUCCUGAACUCCAGCAGGAGAAGGUGCUCUGGAUGGAAGGGACCAAGCUCUGCUGCCGCCAGUCAUCGGAUGACCCUGAGAAUCCAGACUCAUGUAUCUCCAUCGACGUUGCCAUGAGCAAGCCGGAAAGCCCGGAGGCCCCCCCGACGGGGUUAGCUGGGAGGCUGUCCCGCUGCGACAUGUGCGAUGACUGGAAACGCAUAGUCCUCCUCUCCGCGUUGAUCAUCAUCCUGUUCUGCAUCAUUCUGUGGCCAGUCCAGUGUGCCCUGAAGACGGGGAACCUCCGCUGCUUCACGAGGACUGUUGCCAUGAGCAGGCCGGAGUAUCUUCCCCCUAAACACACCACAGCAGCAGCCCCUGUGACACAACUCCCUUUCCAGUAG